AUGAGAUUGCAUGAGGAAGAAACAGCCAAAGCACCGAGAGCUUUCUCUCACAUUCAUGCCGCUGUGACUGACCUUGUAUUCACAAGGAUCAUGGCAUAUGAGACCCCAAAGAAAGCAUGGGAUAAGCUGAGAGAGGAGUAUAUGGGCAGCACCACAACAAGGAACAUGCAGGUGCUUAAUCUAAAGAGAGAAUUUGAGAUGCAAAGGAUGCACGAAUCAGAAAAAGUCAAGGAUUAUGUUGACAAAUUAAUGAGUGUUGUCAACAAAAUAAGGCUGAUGGGAGUGGAGUUGACAGAUAGAAGAGUGGUGGAAAAGGUUUUGGUGAGCUUGUCGGAGAGAUUUGAGUCCAAAAUCUCUUCCCUUGAGGACUCUAGGGACAUGACUCAAAUCACAUUGACUGAGCUUGUUCAUGCUCUCCAAGCUCAAGAGCAAAGAAGGCUCUUGAGGCAAGAAGACACAAGUGAGGGAGCAAUGGUGGCAAACCAUAAAGGCAAGCCUGCACAAGGACAAACUAGGAGGUACGCUGGGGAUAAAAAAGGGAAAGAAAAGAGUAGCAAUCAGUGGGAGAAGUCAGGUGGAGUGAAGGAAUUUCCAGCUUGCACUCACUAUAAAAAGAAAGGACACUCGAAGAGGAGGUGCUGGUCCAAACCAGGGAUACAAUACAGAAGCUGUAAACAAUUAGGGCACAUUAAGAGGGUUUGUAAGAACAAGGGAAGCCAGCCAACACAGCAAGCUCGGGUUGGAGAAGACCAGCAGCAAUGUCAGGAGGCUGAACAACUUUUUGUGGCCAUAUGUUACACGGCUCAAACCAGCAAUGAAGCUUGGCUAAUUGACAGUGGUUGCACCAACGAUAUGGCUACAGACCUACAAAGUUUCAUUAACCUGGACAGCUCAUAUUGUUCCAGAUUUAAAAUAGGAAAUGGUGAGUUCAUGGAGUCAAAGGAAUAG